GAUUCCGAGCGUGGGGCAAAACCGCACUCUGGUACGCAUGCCCAGAGCGGACUUUCUGCCUCCAGAACUACAACUCCCAGAGCAACUUGCGGGCGACCGGCGGCUCCAGCCCCUGUCGCCAUCUUGAAAUCUGAUCCUCAGUCUCCGAGCCUUUGCGUCAGCAGCGGGCAGCGGCUAGUGUUCAGCGAAGGCUGCCUGCGAAAAGGAAGGACAUUGAGGACGCGGCGGCGGGCUGGGGCGACAGCUGGAGGAGACAUGUCUGGUUCCUAGCUGGAGCUGCGUCGCUGUCACUCAGCAUCCCCUCAGGCGUCUCUAGCACGCCCCCUCAUUGAGGGGCGGGGCUGACCACUCUGGUACCCAGAGCUCGCGCGGGUGACAGAGGCGCGCCCUGCACGCAAGCAACCCCAGCGGGCUGUGCCAUGCCGGCCCGGGGCGACCGACGGGGCCACCGAGCGCAACCAAGUCCCAGUGGGUGAUCACUGAGCAGCCGCCGCCGCCGCCGCCUCAGGCAAGCUUUGCAAGGGCUGGGGAGGGAAGAUGAAGGAGAUUUGCAGGAUCUGUGCCCGCGAGCUGUGUGGAAACCAGCGGCGCUGGAUCUUCCACACGGCGUCCAAGCUCAACCUCCAGGUGCUGCUUUCGCACGUCCUGGGCAAGGAUGUCUCCCGCGAUGGCAAAGCCGAGUUUGCUUGCAGCAAGUGUGCUUUCAUGCUCGAUCGGAUCUAUAGGUUCGACACCGUUAUUGCCCGAAUCGAAGCCCUUUCUAUUGAGCGUUUGCAGAAGCUGCUGCUGGAAAAGGACCGCCUCAAGUUCUGCAUUGCGAGCAUGUAUCGCAAGAAUAACGAGGAUUCUGGCGCGGAGACCAAGGCCGGGAAUGGAACGGUUGACAUUUCCGGUUUACCGGAUGUCAGAUACUCUGCACUGCUCCAGGAGGACUUCGCCUAUUCGGGGUUCGAGUGUUGGGUAGAAAACGAGGACCAGAUUCAGGAGCUCCAUAGCUGCCAUGCUUCCGAAGGCCCUGGCAACCGACCCAGAAGAUGCCGUGGCUGUGCUGCCUUGCGGGUUGCUGAUUCUGACUAUGAAGCUAUUUGUAAGGUGCCUCGAAAGGUGGCCAGGAGUACUUCUUGUGGCCCUUCCAGCAGGUGGACCACCAGCAUCUGCACCGAAGAACCAGCAUUGUCCGAGGUCGGGCCAACAGAUUUACCACACACCAAGGUACCCCAAGAUGGAGAAAGCAUGGAGGAAGGCACACCGGGAUCCUCUGUGGAAUCUUUGGAUGCAAGUGUCCAGGCUGCUUCUCUCCAGCCAAAGGACGAAGAAACUGAUAGAAGUGCAAAAGAGCUUGUGAAGUGUGACUGUUGUGCAGAUGAGCAGGUCCCACAGCCUGUGUGUAACCACAAACUUGAGCUAGCUCUUAGCGUGAUUAAAGGUCUUGAUUAUAAGCCCAUCCAGAGCCCCCGAGGGAGCAAGCUUCCUAUUCCAGUGAAAUCCAGCCCUCCUGGAGCCAGACCUGGCCCUCUCAUGACAGAUGGCGUUAGUUCCGGUUUCCUUAACAGGUCUUUGAAAACCCUUUACAAAACACCUGUGAGUUAUCCCUUGGAGAUUUCAGACCUGCAGGAGCUGUGGGAUGAUCUCUGGGAAGAUUAUUUACCACUUCGGUUCCAGCCCAUGACUGAAGAUCUACUCAAGCAACAAAAGCCAAAUUCAAAUGAGGCCAAUGUAAGUCAGCAGUCUUUAGCUAAUUCCCAGUUGGCAGAACUCCAGGAAAAAAAUCAGCAAACAGAGGCCAUCAACAAGAUUCUUCAAGAGAAACUGAAUGAAAUGAGCUGUGAGCUAAAAUCUGCUCAGGAGUCAUCUCAGAAACAAGAGGGUACAAUUCAGAACCUCAAGGAAACUCUGAAAAGCAGGGAAAGUGAGACAGAGGAAUUAUAUCAGGUGGUUGAUGGCCAAAAUGACACAAUGGCAAAGCUUCGAGAAAUGCUGCAUCAAAGUCAGCUCGGACAACUUCAUAGCUCAGAGGCUACAUCUUCAGCUCAGCAACAGGUGGCUCUGCUUGAUCUUCAGAGUGCUUUAUUCUGUAGCCAGCUGGAAAUACAAAAGCUCCAGAGGGUGGUGCGACAAAAAGAGCGCCAACUGGCUGAUGCCAAACGAUGUGUACAGUUCAUAGAGGCUGCAGCCCAUGAUCGAGAACAGCAGAAAGAGGCUUUUUGGAAACACAAUCAGGAAUUACGGAAAGCUUUGCAGCAGCUACAAGAAGAAUUGCAGUGUAAGAGCCAACAGCUUCAUAUCCUGGAGGCUGAAAAAUACAAUGAGAUUCGAACUCGGGAGCAGAGCAUUCUACACCUAAACCAAACUCUGAGUCACAAAGAGCAGCUGCUUCGGGAGUUUCAGGAACUACUACAGUAUCGAGAGAACUCUGAUAAAACUUUUGAAGCAAAUGAAAUGUUGCUUGAGAAACUUCGGCAGCGAAUACAUGAUAGAGAUACUGCUCUAGAGCGGGCAAUAGAUGAAAAAUUCUCCACUCUAGAAGAAAAAGAAAAAGAACUGCGUCAGCUUCAUCUUGCUGUGAGAGAACGAGAUCAUGACUUAGAGAGAUUGCGCAGUAUUCUCUCUGCCAAUGAAGCCACUAUGCAGAGUAUGGAGAGUCUCCUGAGGGCCAAAGGCCUAGAGGUGGAACAGUUAGCUGCAACCUGUCAAAAUCUCCAGUGGCUGAAAGAAGAAAUGGAAACCAAAUUUAGCUACUGGCAGAAGGAGCAAGAAAGUAUUCUCCAGCAGUUACAGACCUCUCUGCAUGACAGGAACAAAGAAGUAGAGGACCUUAGUGCAACAUUGCUCUGUAAACUGGGACCAGGUCAGAGCGAAAUAACUGAGGAAUUAUGCCAGCGUCUACAGCAAAAGGAAAGGAUGCUGCAGGACCUUCUAAGUGAUCGAAACAAACAAACAGUGGAACAUGAAAUGGAGAUUCAGGGCCUGCUUCAGUCUAUGAGCAUCAGGGAGCAAGAGAGCCAGGCAGCUGCAGAGAAGAUGGUGCAAGCCCUAAUGGAAAGGAAUUCAGAAUUGCAGGCUGUGCGCCAGUAUUUAGGAGGGAAAGACUUCAUGGUUCCCAGAGCAGCCAUCUCUAACCAAGCAGCCGAGGUUACAUCUGUCAGCCCUCACCUUGGAGAACAGACUGAUCAGGGUUCAGUGCAUAUUCCCUCCAGAGAUGACAGCACUUCACUGACUGCCAAAGGGGAUACCAGCAUACCUAGAUCCUUGUUAGGAGACUUGGACACAGUUGCAGGACUAGAAAAAGAACUGAGUAAUGCCAAAGAGGAACUUGAACUCAUGGCUAAAAAAGAAAAAGAAAGUCGGGUGGAACUUUCUGCUCUGCAGUCCGUAGUAGCUGUGCAAGAGGAAGAACUACAGGUCCAGGCUGCCGAUAUGGAGUCCCUAACCAGGAAUAUGCAGAUUAAAGAAGAUCUCAUAAAGGACCUGCAAAUGCAACUGGUUGAUCCCGAAGACAUACCAGCUAUGGAACGCCUGACUCAAGAAGUCUUACUUCUUCGGGAAAAAGUUGCUUCUGUAGAAUCACAGGGUCAAGAAACUUCAGGAAACCGAAGACAGCAAUUGCUCUUGACGCUGGAAGGACUAGUAGAUGAACAGAGCCGUCUGAAUGAGGCCCUGCAAGCAGAGAGGCAGCUCUAUAGCAGUCUGGUGAAGUUUCAUGCCCAGCCAGAGAGCUCUGAAAGAGACCGAACUCUGCAGGUGGAACUGGAAGGGGCCCAAGUGUUACGUGGCCGGCUAGAAGAAGUUCUUGGAAGAAGCCUGGAGCAUUUAAGCAGGCUGGAGACCCUGGCCGCCAUUGGAGGUGCAGCUGUAGGGGAUGAAACAGAAGAUGCCAGCACUGAAUUCACGGACAGUAUCGAGGAAGAGGCUGCACACAACAGCCACCAGCAACUCCUGAAGGUGGCUUUGGAGAAAAGCCUGGCACCUGUGGAGACUCAGAAAAUGUCUCUCCCACCUCCCCCUCCUCCUGCAACAGGUGGGGCUGGUGACAGGGGCCUUCAGGAAGAGAUGCUCCACCUGAGGGCUGAGAUACAUCAGCACUUAGAGGAGAAGAGGAAAGCUGAGGGGGAAUUGAAGGAGCUAAAGGCUCAAAUUGAGGAAGCAGGAUUCUCCUCUGUGGCUCAUAUCAGGAACACCAUCUUGAGCCUUUGCCUUGAGAAUGCAGAGUUGAAAGAGCAGAUGGGAGAAGCAAUGUCAGAUGGAUGGGAGAUUGAGGAAGACAAGGAGAAGGGUGAGGUGAUCAUGGAGACCGUGGCAGCCAGAGGGGACCUGAGUGAGAAUAACCUUCAGGCUGAGUGCAGAAGGCUCCGGGGAAAACUGAAAAAUGCCCACAACAUCAUCAGCCUCCUCAAAGAACAGCUGGUGCUGAGCAGCAAGGAGGGGGACAGCAAACUGACCCCAGAGCUCCUUGUGCACCUGACCAAGGAGAUUGACAGAAUGAACACAGAGCUGGUUUGUUCUCCUGGGAGGCGCCAGCAUCAAGAAGAGGAAGAUGUGACCAUGAGGCCUUGCCUCAGGCCCCAGAGCCUGGACCUUGGGGCCACCCUCACAGUGGAUUCCCAGCAACUAGAUAACCAGCCCCAGGCCUGGGACCCUGGGCCUCAAUCAGAACUGAACCUCAUGGGCUCUACCACACACCUGCUCUCCCAGCUGGCACAGUGCAGACAGCACUAUCAAGAUCUCCAGGAGAAGCUGCUGAUAUCAGAAGCCACUGUCUUUGCCCAGGCCAACCAGCUGGAGAAAUACAGAGUUAAGUUUACAGGUGAAUCUCUGGUGAAACAGGACAGCAAGCAGGUUCAAGUGGACCUCCAGGACCUGGGCUAUGAAACUUGUGGCCGAAGUGAGAAUGAGGCUGAGCGGGAGGAGACCACCAGCCCAGAGUGUGAGGAGCGUGGCAGCCUCCAGAAGUCUGUCCUGAUGGAGGGGCUGUGCUCAAAGAGGGGUUUCACACUGGCCAGCUCCCCUGGGAAGAAGCCCCUGAAAAAACAGCUGGGGAAGCAGGAGGAGUUCCAGGCAUAUGGAGACUCAGAAGAUGUAUCUGUCCUACAGGAGGACAUCAGAGAACUGAAGGCCCAGCUGCAGAAUGCCAGCAAAGUCAUUCAGAACCUCAAGAGCCGGGUCCGCUCCUUGUCCGUGACCAGUGAUUAUUCAUCAAGUCUUGAGAGGCCCAGAAAGCUGAAGGCUAUUAGCACCUUGGAAGGGUCUUCACCACACAGCGUCACUGAUGAGGACGAGGGGUGGCUGUCUGAUGGCGCUGGGGCUUUUUACUCCCCUGGGCUCCAUGCUAAAAAGGAUCUGGAUAGUCUGAUGCAAAGAGUGUCUCAGCUGGAGGCCCAGCUCCCCAAAACUGGGCUGGAAGGGAAGCUGGCUGAGGAAUUGAGAUCUGCCUCCUGGCCUGGGAAAUAUGAUUCCUUGAUUCAGGACCAGGCCCGAGAACUCUCCUAUCUACGCCAGAAAAUCCGAGAAGGCCGAGGUAUCUGCUAUCUUCUCACUCAGCAUGCAAAAGACACAGUAAAGUCAUUUGAAGACCUCCUAAGGGGCAACGACAUUGACUAUUACUUGGGGCAGAGUUUCCGGGAGCAGCUCGCCCAAGGAAGCCAGCUGACAGAGAGGCUCACCAGCAAACUCAGCACCAAGAAUCAUAAAACUGAGAAAGAUCAAGCUGGACUUGAGCCACUGGCCUUCAGACUCAGCAGGGAGCUUCAGGAGAAGGAGAAAGUGAUCGAGGUUCUGCAGGCCAAGCUAGAUGCCCGUUCCCUCACACCUUCCAGCAGCCAGGCCUUGUCUGACUGUCACCGCUCCCCAAGCAGCUCCUCCUUCCUAUCUGAUGAGCUGGAAGCCUGCUCUGACAUGGACAUUGCCAAUUCCAUCCAUCAUUCAAGCCAUUCUGCUGUUCUGUCUCCUAAACCAUCAGCAACCAAUACACCUCAUGGGGUUAACACCGAGCCCAGCAGCAACCCCAGCAGCUUACCAGCUCCCCAGAAUCCCCCCCAGGAGGCCAGCCAGGCCUAUCCAGGCCUUCAUAUUCCCUCCAUGCCCAGGCUGGUUAGUCUCCCCCAGGCACCACUGCCCCCAGCUCCAUCCAGCUUCCUGCCUUUCAGCUCCACUGGUCCUCCCCUCCUUGGCUGCUGUGAGACACCCAUGGUCUCCUUGGCCGAGGCUCAGCAGGAGCUACAGAUGCUGCAGAAGCAGUUGGGAGAAAGUGUCAGCACUGGCCAUUCUGCUUCUCCAGCUGCACUGCCGAGCAGCCAUUUGGAAACCAAAUCUCCCCACUACUUCAAGCCCACCAAGCCCAGCUCCCCCAGGGGCACCCUUGAGUUGGGCAGGAUCCUGGAGCCUGGGUACCUGGGCAGCAGUGUCCAGUGGGAUAUGAUGAGGCCUCAGAAAGGGAGUGUAUCCGGGGACCUCUCCUCAGGAUCCUCUGUGUACCAGCUUAACUCCAAACCCACAGGGGCUGACCUGCUGGAGGAGCAUCUUGGUGAGAUCCGGAACCUGCGCCAGCGCCUGGAGGAGUCCAUUUGCAUCAACGACCGUUUACGGGAGCAGCUGGAGGACAGGCUUAGCUCUACAGCAAGGCCCACUGGAUCCACCUCUAACAUCUACACUCAAGGCCCAGAGUCCACACCUCAGCUAUACAAUGAAAACAGAGCUCUCAGGGAAGAAAAUCGGAACCUUCAGGCCCAACUGAGUCAUGCUACCAGAGAGCAUUCCCAGGAAGUGCAGCACCUACAGGAGGCGCUGCUGUCCUCUGGGACACGGCUCCAGGAGUUGGAAAUGCAGCUGAAGCACCAGAAGGUAGAGCAGAAGCAGCUCUUGGAAGACUUGAAGGAGAAGCAGCAGGAGAUUCUGCAUUUCCAGGAGGAAAGAUUAUCCCUUCAAGAGAAAGACUCCAGGCUGCAUCAGAAGCUGGCCCUCCUACAACAGCAGUGUGAAGAGAAACAGCAGCUCUUCCAGUCCCUGCAGUCGGAGCUACAGAUCUACGAGGCACUACAUGGCACUUCCAAGAAGGAGCUAAAAGCAUACACUUGGGAUGCCUGUCACCAAGUCCCUUUGAUUAAUGACUUGAGCCGGCUAGUGGCAGAGAUCCGAGCUUUGAGAGGGCAGCUGGAGCAGAGCGUUCAGGUGAACAACUGCCUGCGAGUGCAGCUGGAACAGCAACUGGAUGGUGCUGCCGGCAAAGUCAGCCUCCAUCCCUCCUCCAUUAACCAGAACUUCCCCGUCAGCACUGACCCUGGAAACAAGCAGCGGCUCUUCCAAGAUCCAGUUGUGUCUCCUCCAGUUCGGGAUGUGGGCAUACAUUCUCCAGCUCUGGUCUUCUCUGGCUCUUCCUCCUCUGCUAUCACUCCAGAAACCACCAUCUUCAGUAGGACAAAUGAGCUGGGCUUGGAUGCACCUUCUGUAAUGAAGAAACCCCCUAAACUGGAGGGUGAGGCUACUGAUGGCUCCUUUGCCAACAAGUGUGGCCGCCAUGUCAUUGGCCACAUUGAUGACUACAGCGCCCUGCAACAGCAGAUCAGUGAGGGCCACCUGCUGGUCCAAAAGAUGAAGUCUGUCCUGCGACCCACGUGCAGCUUCCCUGGCCUGGAAUCUCAGGACACAGAGGUUCUCAGCAGCAAAGGCCUCCAGGAGCUCCGCAGUAGUGCUAGAGCCCUGCACCACUCCCUGGAGGAAUCUGCCUCCCUCCUGACCAUGUUCUGGAGAGCUGCCCUGCCAAGUUCCCAGGACCCUGUGCCACCUAGCAAAGUGGGAGAGGCCAUGAAAAGGGAACUUCUGGAAUUGAAAACUAAACUAUCCAAACAGGAAAGUCUCCUUCAGAGCACUACAGAGAGUCUGAAGUUGGCCAACCGUCAGAAGGAGAGUAUGGAGCAGUUCAUCUUCAGCCAGCUGACCAGGACACAUGAUGUAUUGAAGAAGGCAAGGACUAAUUUGGAGAAGAACACUCACAAGAUUGCCACUGUAAAGCCUUAUUCCUGCCCCAGCAAAGGUGAAAUCUCUAAAGGCUCUGCCAGGCACUCCAGUCUCGUGACCCUUGCCUUCCAGGAGCCAUAUAAGAAGUAAAGCCCCAAGAACUCCUUAAAACAGCAGGAAGAAUGGGCCUCCCCUCUUUUUGCACAGCUGCCUGUCUGCUGAGAAGGAUCUGGGUCCCUUGCUCCAAACCUCUGAAGUAUCUAGAAGAGUGAGUCAGAGGUGCGUCCCAGAGAGGCCGGAAUAUGAGUGGAGAGCCUGUCUUUCCUGCACUUACGGAACCUUGGGCCAGGGUCCACUUGGCCCAGCACUCAGCAAAACACAUAGUUCGUGGAAGACGUAGUGACACUGUUUAUCAGCAACCCCAUGGCUUGCAGACUCUUUGCCAGCUGAUUUCUCACCUCAGCACCUACCCACAGAUGUUCAACUCAGGGGAAAUCAGACCCUGCUUCUUAUGACUGGGGCAUAUGUCCCCUCACUGGAGUCUCAGUGCUUCUAGAAUCACAGGACAAAACAGCAGUGCCAGCUCAACUCACACCAGACCUCAGUGUCUGCACCUCAGCACCUGAGUGCACAGAAUCCAUGUGGGGGAAGAGGUGACUUCCCAAAUACCAUUAUCAUGCUUCCACUCACAUCUAUUUCUACUCUUUCGUGGUCUCAAAGGGCACUGAUUCUCUUUAAACGUACUGUUCCAUCUUAUCAUCUUAAAUUCUCCCAGAGGAAUUGGGGAAUAAUGGCCAGACCAAGCCCACUGAAAUUCUUAUGUAAAGCAAACCAGUGCUCAUUUUAAAGUAAUAUGUAAGAGACCCCAGUUGUGCUGAAACCCAGCCUGUGUCUUCACAGAGCUUUAGAAUGUGUAUGUGUGUACACAUGUAUGAUAGCUAUUUAUAUAUGUGGCUCUAUCUGCUAAAGGCCCUUGUAACUGGUGGGCAGGGUCGGUGAAAGGAAACGAAACAGUCUUUAUGGUGGCUAUUAUAGCAGAAGUGUAUGAAGAAAUAAAAAGGUUUUUCUUCA